GAAAAGCUGCGGUCACAUUUGGCGACGCUAUGAGAUUUGAAAAUUUCGACAACUUUGCCACAAAAUGGAUAAAAACAAACGUAGGAGUUCGCUGCGGCAGCCACCGCCAACCAAAGAACACGAUCAAACAGCGCCAUCGACGACGCGGAAUUCCCUGCUGAAGCGUCGCAUCAGUUUCAGCGGCAAGAAGUCUGUGAGGGAGUUUGUGAAUACAGAGGAACCUCAUUAUUGGGAUAACUCCUACGAAUUAUCGGACCACACCAAUGGCGAAGACAGCAGAGAAAAGGCAUCGAAUACUUGCCCCAGCCACCAGAUGCCGAUGCCGAUGCCGAUGCCGACGCCGACGCCGAUCCCGACAGCGCAAAAGGAGAAUAUACCCGAGCAUCAAAGUACCCAAAUAGAAUCGACAUUGAAUAUACGGACGAGCCUGGAUGUGCCCAUGCUGACAUGUGAAACGAAUCGGAAUGCCCGAAAUAGUACGCAGUCCCGCGAGUCGCUCUACGCUGAGAGUUUCUCGCUCUCCUGCAUAGGGCGGGACAAGCUCAAGGAUGCGCUGUACAAUCAUCGUGUUAUGGACAAGACCAUAGAUCUGAUGCAUAUCUCGUCGAAACUCAGAGAUGACUGCUCGCUGGAGUUGUCAACGUUCGAAAAGGAGCAUUUGAAAACACAGCCAACGAAAUCUGGGGGUGAUUCCUUUAUGGAUAUUACGCCAAUAGGAUUCGCUGCACCCUUGCCAGUUCCAGUGCCAGCAGCUGUCGCACCAGUUCCUGUCCCAGCUGCAGCUACGCAAAGCUUCAUGGACCUGGAACAGGAGUUUCUCAACUGCUCCAAUCAACAUCUGACAACUAAGGCAAAGGAGAAUGUUAAUGCUGCACAAAAAUCGGAAGAAAGCCGAGCGGAGAGCCAGCGUCAGGCAGAUAUAUCCUUUGACUGCGACAUGAACGUUUCCGAUGCGAGAGAUCGAUUGGCAGCGAAUGGCUCCUUCGGCGCAGAGUCCAACAACAGCACCAUCAACUACAUGGGCGACGAGUCUGUGCUCAUACCAUUUGACAUGAUUUCCGGCAAAAACAUAAGCAAAAAGUUGACAUUUCGCCAACUGAACGACGAGCUGGAAGCGGGAAAGAUAAAGGUUCUUGUAAACGGACCCAGAACUCCAACUGAUCGCAGUAGCAAGCAGAGGAGAUUCUGGCAUGGCCUCGAACAGCAGGAUCAAGACCAGGAACCAAUGGGCAUCAACAUCAGGAGCAUCAAGCCGCGGGGAACGUUGAAUUUCAGCGAGAAUAUGACCAUGUCCCCCUUGGCACUAACAACGCCAGUGGCCCCGCGAGUGGCAGUGCCAUUGCCGAGGGAAAAGCUGCAACUGCCAGCAGACGACAAGCGCAAGUAUCGACUCUCGCAGGCGGAUGAGCUAAUGCUGGACAACACAAACUUCCUGGCACAUGCCAAACUGGGCGAUGAGACCCAGUCCCGCAACAAUUCCAAGAGCUUCACGAGGCGAGAGACAACAUAUGAGAACUCGGAGCUGGAUCUAGGACUGCCUAGCAGAGAGGACUUUCCAGCACCAAAGCACUCCAAACCCAGACAGACCAUUUGUCAGCCCACGGCAAUGGAUCAGGAAGAAGCUGCUGCUGCUGCCAUGCCUCCAGUACGCUCCUGUGCCCGACGCACCCUGCACAUGAACGAGUCCAUGGCCAUGGAGCAAGAAGCUACGACGCAGCAGCAGCGCAUGAAGGGCCUUCAGGUGGUGCAGUGUGUGCGGGAGGAGAUUGUCUGCCAGUACGCGGAGAACAUCCCCAGCAAGGGCAACAAAUCGAAACGCAGAGAGACGCUGCUUAUGCAGCAGAGCAUGGAUGAGGAUACUACAAGUCCACCCAAGGAGCUGCCUACGAUUGGGCGCAAGUCUAAGCCCAGGCAAACUCUGCACCUGGAAGAACCUUUGGAAAAAGACGAAACUGUAGCUGAAAGAGCCGCACCCGAACCUGCAACCGUGGAGAAGCCUCAACCAAUGGAAUAUCAAAGAUCCAAAGCUAGGCAGACGAUACUUCAGGCGGAACCCAUAGAGGUAGAAGCUGCACCUCCCGCAUUGAACAAUGUGCCGCAGCAACCAGCUCCCGUUUGGGUAGGCAGCAAAACGAAACGCAGGGAGACGCUGCUGAUGCAGGAGAGCAUGGAAGAGGAUAUCAUAAGUCCCCUGAAGGAGCUGCACAUCAGGGCAAACGCUCCUAUGACGGCAAAGAGUAAAGCUAAGCCCAGGCAUACGCUACACUUGGCGGAGCCAUUGGAGGAGGAUGAUAGCAUACCUCAGACUGUUGCAGCCACUGGGGCCACAAGGAAAUAUCAUUUGCAGCAGCCAGAACCCGUGGAAGAGCAACAGCCAAUGGGAUAUCAUAGAACCAAAGCUAGACAGACCAUUCUGCAGGCGGAACCCAUAGAGGAAGAUGCUGCGCCCAUCAGAAUGGAUAAGUCAGCAGCAAAGCAACGGGGCAAAUCCCGACAGACUCUCCUUGCGGCGGAACCCAUAGAAGAGGAACCCAUGCUGCAGCAUCCUUCAGCUGGACAACAGCGCACGAAAUCAAGGCACACGCUGCUCAUGUCCGAACCCAUUGAAGAGGAUACGAAUCAAGCCAGGGAAGAGCCACGGCUGACAUCCGCCAAUAAGGAGAAUCUGCCCAUGGAAGAGGACCUUAUGGAGGAACUGGAAACGAGGCGAAUCGACCAAUCAACUGUCUAUCGGUCAUACAAAUCGCGGCACACGCUUGUAAUGUCAGAGCCCAUAGAGGAAGAUCGCACCAAGGCCCCCGGUAAAGAUGUGCCAAGUGGCUUUCGUAGACAAACUUUGCUCAUGGCAGAGCCAAUCGAGGAGGAAACGUGCACGAAAAACACACGCGAAUCCGCGAAAAAGGCUGUGGCCUACAAAUCGAGAAAUACUCUGCUAAUGGCGGAACCCAUAGAGGAAGAACGAACCAAGGAGCAGCCUGUGGCCCCCGGUAAAGAUGUGCCAAGUGGCCUUCGUAGACAAACGCUGCUAAUGGCAGAGCCCAUCGAGGAGGAAACGUGGAUGAGAAACACUCGCGAAUCCGCGAAGAAGGCUGUGGACUACAAAUCGAGAAAUACUCUGCUAAUGGCGGAACCCAUAGAGGAAGAACGAACCAAGGAGCCGCCUGUGGCCCCCAUGAAGGAUGUAGCAAGUGGCCUUCGUAGACAAACGCUGCUAAUGGCAGAGCCCAUCGAAGAGGAAACGUGCACAGCCAAGCCAAGAAACACUCGCGAAUCCGCCAAGAAGUCUGUGGCCAGAAAUACUCUUUUAACGGCGGAAUCCAUUGUGGAAGAUCGAACGAAAGAGCAGUCUCUGGCCCCCGUUAAGGCUGCGUUGAGUGGCUAUCGUAGACAAACGCUGCUCAUGGCAGAGCCCAUCGAGGAGGAAACGUGCAUAUCCAAGCCGAGAAACACACGCGAAUCCGCGAAGAAAUCUGUGGUCAUUGAGCAAAAUGUGGCAGCAUUAAAGCCAUCUAAAGCAAGUCAGACUCUGCUCAUGGGCAACUCCAUGGAGGAGGAGGACAGGGAAGAAGCGAAACCACACGAGAAGUCUACAAAAAUGGCACCAAAUCGUGGCUCCCGGGGCCGGGCACAACAGACAAUGAUCAUGUCUGAAUCGAUGGAAGAGGAUGAUGACGACUUCCAGAGUCCACUGCAAUCAUUGAGAGCUCCUCUGGAGCUACUCCCAAUCACUCCCAUGCAGAAACAGAACCGCUCAGCGUCUGGAAAUUCCAUGAAUGAAUUCGAAGAGUUCGAGGAGGAGACGAAUGAGUCGGCUGCAGCUCUUGGUCCGCUUCAGGCAUCGCUGCGAAGGAAACGCUCCAUCUAUCACUCCGUGAGAAUGGAAUUGGAGGGCGAAAAAUCAGCAAUUGGCACACCCAAACGACACAGUGCCGCUGCCAAGCGAUUGCCAGCCCACCUGACGCCCAAUCUGCCAGAGUCCAAGAAGCGUAACACACACCUUUUUGCGAACAGUAAAAUGAUGGAGGAAGAUCAAGAGUUGUCGAUGGAUCUGAGUAGAGUUUCCCUUCAGGAAGUGGCGAACAAGACACGCAUUCCCUUGGAGAACUUCAACGAAAGUGUGCAGCCAGUGAGGGAUGUGCAGAGCGACCGCUUCUCACGUAAAUUGAAUGAUGAUCCAGAUGUGAUGGAGGUGCAGCCGCCGCCGCAGGCCACUGUAUUUGAGGGCAGGCCCAUAACCAUUUCGGAUGUGUCCGCUUACUUUCAAAGCCAGGCGCAGCAGGUGCAGAAGGAGCCGACGGUGAGUGCCACAGAGCCAGAGCAAGAGCUGGAGGAGGCUGCCACACAGAAAGAGCCAGAGCAGGAACACAUGGAGCAGCGCAACUCUGGCUACAGGGAUAGUGGCAGCUCCACAGAUCGUACGUUUAAGAGCUACGCACCCACAAAUCAAAAAUUCAUCAAUCUCUCCGGUGACACGACCAUCUUUGCGGCUGCCCUUGUGGAGAACAUCGAUAUGGAUGAGCCGGAGACGAAUAAGAUAGAAAAUGUGCGGCUGAGUUUGGUCUCCACGCUGGCGGAUGAACCGGACACGGAUGAUGAGGCAAUGCCCGCAGAGCCACAGGCAGAGCCUGAGCCCUGCCAGGAGCAAAAGGAGAGCUCUCGCAUGGUGGCUGCUGGUUCCAGCGCCUCCUGCAGAAAGUGUGCAAACUGCAGGCGAUCCAUAAACGAAACAAAGCUGAGCAACGAUUCCUUUGUCCUGCCCUCCCUGCCCCAGUGGGGUCUGACGCGGGAAAUUGAAAUGCUGCAACGCGUGAGACAAAGGCCCAACUUGGACGAUGUGCACGAAUAUUGGCAGAUCAAGGAGCAGGAGAGGCAGACCAACGCACUCGAGCAAGCGCUGGACGAGGAGGAGGAGGAGGGGGCUCAGACGGAGGCCAACCAGUGGGACAUCAACGAAGUGUUGGCCGCAUACAGCAUAAAGAUCGAAGGAUUAAAGCGCAGUCUGGCCGAUAGUCAGGAGCUUGUGCAGCCGAUGGUCGAGCCACCAUUUGAAACGUUUUUCGAUCGCCUUCAGGCACUGUUGGGCGAGCAGCAGCCCAACUGGAUCUUUGACUAUCAGCUAAAGAUUUCGCGGAAAAUGAUAUUCACCCAUCGACUGCUCCCCACAUUCCGCCUGAUUGUGGACUACGAGACAGUGGAUGACGCUGAGACUGGCAUAGUGGUGAACUACAUCGGGGUGGAGCAGGCAACAGCGAUUCCACUGCAAAGAUGGACAGCGUUUGAGCACCUGCUGGACUUUCAGCUGCAGCUCAAGUUGCCCGUGAAUCUGACCAGCGCCAUUGAGGGCAACAGUGUGGUGGAUUUCGCACAAUUUCUGCAAUGUAUAAACGCAAUUUGUGUGGACAUCAAACGCACAUUCCACAAACUGCUAACGGUACUCACAGCCACGAGGGCGAGUCUGCAAAGACAUGCGAAUCGAAUGGUUAUAAAAAAGACUGUGCGCAGGCUCAUUGAGUUGGAUACACACACGCGCAUUGACAGGACCGAUUUCGUGAUUGAAAUUGCCAAUGUUGAGAGAGUUUCGUUUAAAGAUAUUCUGCAGCCCAAACUGCAUCUCUUCAACGAAAAUAUACAAUUUCUGCCAAAAGGAGUUGCUUUCUUAGAAGCAUUUCUCAUUCAUCCUGAGCAGUAUCUCAAAGCUUAAUAAUUUGUACAAUUUUAUACAUUUUUUUGUUAUUUUUAAAUUUACAUUUUUAAAUUUAAAACGAA